AUGUCAGAAUCUUUCAAGAGUUUACUGGAAGAUGCUUGAAUAGAAGAGUUGCUGAUGUCAGUUGAAAAUGAAGAGUUUAACGAGUAAUUAUAAAUUAGAGAAUUAAUAGAAGAUCGCAUCAGCUUAGUGAAUGACGAAAUUUUCAUAAUAAUAAAAUGGCUCAGUGCGGAAUUAGUUCUCUCCGAGAAUUAUUCCUUCAUUCGCUUUUAUUAUUAUGGGUUCAGUUUUCCACGUGGCCUUUUAUCAGCAAUACCAAUAUGAAAUACCGCAUAGGGUAUUUCUUUGGUCCAAGAUACUAAUGACAUCUGGGUUUCUGCUUGGCACACCCGAGGAGGGUGACCCUUAGGCGGAAACACGUGCAGGAGUCAAGUUCGGGCGAGGCAACGCUGCCGGUGCGGAACUUCUGGCCUGGCUAGAGGCGAAACUUUAUAGAAGGCUUGGUAGGGCUAACGAUCCAAGAUGGCUUGGUGACGUCACUAAUUUUAGGAGUUAAAAGGAUGGGCUAUGCCUAAAUCAUCCUGCUGAAGAAGUCAUACACCUUAAAUAAUUAAGUAAGAAUGACGAAAUUUUCAAUAUAAACCUUGAACAUAAACAAAUUAAGAUGGAUAUAUAUGCUUUAAAAAUAGAGAGGGCAAAUAUCAAGCGCACAAUUGCAAUUGAUGAACAAACCAAACUCAUUAAAAAGCACGCCGCAAGGUAUAAAAAUGAGACUUAUCAGAACUAUUUAAUAAAUGAGCUAAUCAAAUAUAGUAAUUUAGUUGAAGAUUUGAAGUCGGCAAAGGACAUAGCUUCUGUUGACAAACUCCGUUUACAAAAUGCUAUUAUAUUAAAAGAUAUAGAAAUUGAAGAAAUGACCUCUAGUUAUGAAUCAAUUUCUGAUGAAUUAAAAGCGCUUAAAUCUGCAUACUCACAUAAAAAAACCUCCAAAAAACUGUCUAGUAGUACCAUAAUUUCCACUCAAAUGCGGGAAAAAAAUUCAAAUUUCGAAGCAUCAAAAAUUCAAAAUUCUUCAUUUUUGCUUAAUUUCACUGCAUCUCUGUCAACUAAUUCAUCUAGAUAA